GGCAGGGCUGGGCCGGGUGGGCUUUUAUUUAAAAAGCGGGACCAGAGACGGAGCAGGGGCGUGUAACCGGGAGGAGGACCGGGAAGGGCGGCUCAGGAGACCGUGGGGCUGGACGGGCAGGAAGGGAGCGGGUGUGGGUGCAGCAGGGCGUGCACAGAUCCGUGCUGGUUGGUGCUCUGGGCCACGGAGGUGUUCGGUUCCUACCAGAUAAUAACCCCGAAUUCACACAACUUUUCCCCUCGAGUUUUCCAUCCGCCUGGCGUUGCGUGCCCCUAUAAAGCAGCACUCGCCCCUAUACAGCAGCACGUGUGGUUGCUGCGGGGUCGCCCUAACAGGUGUCUGAGAUGUGCUGAGAAGUUCCCUGUACGUCGGGCAGGACACGGCUGUGAUUCGGUGGGGUUUUAGGGCAGCGACUUUGCUCGCAGCGCCUGCUCCCAGCCCGGCCUCAAGCACCCAGGGGCCUGGUGGCACACGGGGACGCCGAGGCUGCGCCCUCGAGGGCUGCCUGGUGUGUUGUACGUGGCUCCUGGGCAUGUUGGCUCCUCGUCUCCUUUUCUGUCAGUGUUCGUGCAAGUGUGGUUCAGGACAGGAUUCGUUUGUGUCGUGAAGCUGAUUGAAGACGCAGAGCCGUGUUAGGAACAGCAGGGCUGCUUUCUGCGGCACGGUGAGGUACGAGGCACACGGGGCACUGAGGCUGUGGGGCAGGAACGGUUCUUGCCCGGCCUUACAGCUUGGAAGUCCCAAGCCGCCCUCGCUUUAGGAGCAUGUCUUUUGGUGGCUGAUGGAGAGAUACAGCUGCAAGUGUCCGUGUCAGCUCUUCUUCGGAGCAAAGCGCAGGCUCUGUCCUGUUGGAAGCCCAUGUAAAAAUUUGCUGUCCUGCACCGCGUAACACAGUCAGAUGGCAUGUUCCAAGAUCUCAAAGAAGAAAACUUCUCUUUUUUAGUUCUGGUUUAUUGCAGCACGGGACUAAUACAGCUUGAGGAUCUGACAAAAUUGUUGCUUCUUCCUGGCAGUGCUGAUUCAGUCCUGGUGCCCGCCAAUCUGCCCGACCAAGGGCUGAGGCGGUGUCACGGUUACACCACGCAUCUCCUGGGGGACUUCGCGCCAGCCCAGCAGGCAGGUUAAUGUAUUAACAUUAAUUUGCUUCUUCUGUUGUACUCGCUUGUGUAAGACGAGUUGUUGUAAAGCACGCAGCCUUCGUGCCCCAGGAGCCGGCCGGGUGCGCGGGGUGACGUCCUGCACGGCUGCUGGGGUGUCGGGGGGUGGCUGGGAGCCAGCGCUGCCAGGCCACUAAAACGUGCCUUGGGUCAGUGUCGGCAGUUCUCUAAAGUACACUGUCACCAGCUCCUGAUCAGGCUUCUUUGAAGUCCUGGUGGGUACGUGUGGGUUUACCAAGCGCCCGGCUGUGUGCUUUCCUCUUCAGCAUAGGCGAGUGGGUCUGUAACAGCACACAGGCAGCGCUCACAGGCGCCUGCUGUUGUCCGCUUCGGCUGGUUUCAGAACACCCGCAGCACCUCAGUCCUGAUGGCAUUCAGUGAAGCCUCACUGGGCAGCCCUAUCCAGAAAAGUCAGUCAGAAACACUGCUGUUUUACAGAACUUCGUGUAAAGUGCUGCCUGAAGCAAGAACGUGACUGCGCCAUGAGAAACUCCUCUAAUUAGCAGAAGGGACACAAAGUAGAUUUGUCAUUUCUCUUGCUGUGUGAAGGCUACUUAUUGCUCUCUGCAAGCAGAACUUUCUGUUCCCAGCAAUUGGAAAACUGCUUUGGCAUGAGCAAGACAGAACUUGCAUUUGUGCAUAAUUCUCCAGAGGCACAGUUAUGCAAAUCCGUUGUGAAGUAGCAGCGACUUCCGAAAAAUUGGAGUUUGGUUGAAUGUUUUAGCUGGGUAGGCUUCUCUAGUAAAGGCGAAGCUAACCCUGCGUCACUUGCCGUUGGAGUUUGGGAUCUCUGAGCAGCUGCUUCAUCCGGUAGCAUUUUCUGAUUGAUUUGAAGGGUGGCAAAAGAUGGAUGUGACUUGGACUCAGGAAAUGCAUACUUGGUUGUUGUAUGAAGCAGGAGGCUAUAUUAGCAGGAGGUAUAUUUCCAUCAGAGACAAGGGUUUAGUACUUGAAAUGAUUGCCGUUGUUUGUUAAUAAAAUAAUGUAAUGCAGAGGCUUAUAACGAGGCACUGUUCAGUGUAUUGGCAGGGGGGAGAAGCAGCUUACUGUACGCGGAGUUCGGGCGAUGGAUCUUCGUUCUUGUGUGAGCAGUAAAAUUAUAUUUAAUAAAUGAUGGUGAUAUUGCAAUAGUUUGGAAGAGUAGUAAUUAAGUGUGUAUUCUUUGUGGCAUUGAUUUUUUUUUUCUUUUGUAAAGUGGUUUGGGCCCGUUCCACCAUUAAUGCAUAAUGGCCUUCCUAAGGAACGCGCUGUAGCACUGAAACGUGAACUUUGCCAUGAAAUUUGUUAGGUGGCCUGGCUUGGGCUGCCUUCAGCCCUGCUCUUUAGUGGCAGCGUGAUGUUUGCAGCUGUACGAUCCAGGUGUGUUACCUGCUGUAGUGUGGCUCUUAAAUAUCCGUGCUUUGCCCCUCUCCUGUUGACCGGCUACUUCUUGGCGAAUGUCGUGCUGUCAUCUUAGCCCUUACGUUCUGCCUGCGCCAUCUGGGUGUGCAUCUGUUCGUGACCCUUGGGGAAAAGGUUUUCAGGAUGAAUCUGGAAAAACUCAGCAAACCAGAACUACUGACGCUGUUUAGCAUUCUUGAGGGAGAAUUAGAAGCGAGAGAUCUCGUCAUAGAAGCCUUAAAGGCCCAGCAUAGAGACACCUUCAUUGAAGAGCGCUAUGGAAAGUACAACAUCAGUGAUCCAUUGAUGGCUUUGCAAAGAGAUUUUGAGACCCUGAAAGAGGGGAAUCAUGGUGAAAAGCAACCAGUAUGCUCCAAUCCCUUAUCUAUUUUGAAAGUGGUGAUGAAACAUUGCAAGAAUAUGCAGGAAAGAAUGUUAUCCCAACUAGCUGCUGCAGAAAGCAGACACAGAAAGGUGAUCCUGGACCUUGAGGAAGAGAGGCAGCGUCACGCCCAGGACACGGCGGAGGGGGAUGAUGUGACCUACAUGCUGGAGAAGGAGCGGGAGCGGCUCACCCAGCAGUUGGAGUUUGAAAAAUCCCAGGUGAAAAAGUUUGAAAAAGAACAGAAGAAGCUCUCAAGCCAGUUGGAGGAAGAAAGGGCUCGCCACAAGCAACUGUCUUCCGUGCUUGUGGUAGAGUGCAAGAAAGCCACUGCCAAAGCAGCAGAAGAGGGUCAGAAGACAGCAGAAUUGAGCUUGAAAUUGGAAAAAGAGAAGAGUAAGGUGAGUAAACUGGAGGAGGAGCUGGCAUCCAAGAGGAAGUGGGGUUUACAGAUGGAAGCACAAGUAGAAAAGCAGCUCUCGGAGUUUGACAUUGAAAGAGAACAGCUGAAAGCCAAGCUGAACAGAGAAGAAAACCGUACAAAAGCACUGAAAGAAGAGGUAGAAUGUUUGAAGAAAGCCCUGAAGGAGCUGGAGGCUGCUUGCCAGGAGCACAGUCCUACUGAGCCUUUGCAGCCAAGCCCCUCAGUGAUGUCCAGAGGAGUUGCUACUGACAGUCCCGCAGUGAAGUCUGUGUCUUGCCAGACGGAGUGUCCACAAGCAGACCGAGCAAAUCCUACCAGCACCAGCAAAGCUGUGCAUACCGUGUUUCCCAGCCCUACUACACCUACUCAUUCCUAUGCAAAAUCCAAUGGUCAUUGCAAUACAGACAUGCAAACGGGUAGCGAGCUGCUGCAAACAAAUGCAGCAGAGAGCCAGGCUCAAAAGGAGAAAUCUGCUGGUACAACACUAGAAAACACAGUUGAAAAUGGAAGUUCUCCUGUAAGAACAGAGUCACCAGUGCAUCUGAUGUCCCAGCUCCCUUCUAGUGGGGUCUCCCUGUCUCCCAGCAGCACAGCUGCCUCCUCUCUAACACCUUCGCCCUGCUCCUCACCGGUUCUGACUAAACGCUUAGUGGGAGCUUCAGCAAGCAGCCCUGGUUAUCAGUCAUCCUACCAGGUGGGGAUCAAUCAACGUUUCCACGCAGCUCGGCACAAAUUUCAGUCUCAAGCUGAACAGGACCAUCAGUCAAGUGGUUUGCAGAGCCCACCGUCAAGGGAUUUGUCUCCUACUCUAGCAGACAACUCUGCUGCCAAGCAGUUAGCACGCAAUACAGUCACUCAGGUUCUUUCCAGAUUCACCAGCCAGCAGGGAGCGAUUAAACCUGUCUCCCCUAAUAGCUCACCUUUUGGCACAGACUAUCGAAAUCUGGCAAAUGCCGUGAGCCCCAAAAAUGAAUCUGGUCAUUCUCCAAGCCCUGGCAAGGUUUCCAGUCCACUAAGCCCAUUGUCUCCUGGGAUUAAGUCACCAACCAUUCCUAGAGCAGAAAGAGGGAACCCUCCACCCAUUCCUCCAAAAAAACCUGGCCUCGCUCAGUCGCCUGCUGCUCCUGCUCCACUAACCAAAACCUCUUCUCAGGCGUCCUCUCUGGGUGCCCCCAUGGACGUGGCAAGUAGCUGUUCUAACAAUACUGUAGUGUCAAAUGGCAAAGACAUGGAGAUACUCCUGCCAACUAGCAGCUAGUCUCCAGAAAAUGUGAAUGUGACAUUCCAUGGCUUAGCGUCCUAGAGCUAAGGCACUGGUUUUCGACUCCAUGUUAUUUAUUUCCAUAGUAGCAGAAUCUGUCUGUAUAAAGCAUUUAGUAUAUUUUUCUUUUUUAAUAGGUAGGAAAAUAUUUUUGUUUAUGAAGAAACCUUAACUACAGCUAUACAGUAGCCUCAAAAUGUCUCAUGGCAACGGUCAAAUCAAAUCAAGAACAGGAACCAUAAUCAUGAACUGGGACCUAUCUAUCAAACUAAAAUGGGACUGAAAUGCUACUUUUAAAUUAUGCAGAAAUAACUUUUGCAGACUUUUUACUCCAGAUGAACAUUUUAUAUAAAGUGCCUGAACUAAGCCUGCAAUAUGAAUGUGAUUCUCUGAAAAGGGUGAGGAGGGGGACCAUCUAGCUGCAGAAAGAAAUUCUUCUCUGAGUCAUGAAUGUUAAAAACACUGUUUUUCGUUUUAAUUCUUUCCGUUUGCUAAAGUAAGUUAGCAAAUGUGCUACCAAUUCUGUAAAGUGACCACCAGACUGAUGCAGCCAGCCACACUUUGUGCUUUAGGUCUUGGCUCCUAGGUAUUUUAGGAAGCAUACACAAGUUUCUUGGUGUGAAAUUUAGCAGUAAUCUGGAUUGUCCAGAUUACUCUGCUUUCAAUAUUCAUUGUCCCAGCAGGUUUUUUUGUUUGUUUGUUUCCUAUAGCAUAUCCUGUAGAGAUGCCUGGGUGCUUUAAAUGGCUAAGCUCUAGUUUCUGGUGUGUCACCUUUUAAUUUUCAAGUUCCUCAAGCAUUCUACUGUUGUGUGUAGAACUUCUGAGAAAAGGAUCUUGCUACUACUUGACAAAGAUCUUGCUAUUACUUGAAAAACAAAACACUAGUCCAUAUGAUACAGUUUCCUUUGCAACAGUAAAACAGGAUCUUCUACUAUACACAAAAGCAAUAAUUUUAUUCAUCACGUGCAUCAAUGGUGUCCAGCUGACAUGGAUUUUACACACUAGUUUUGGGAUCUUGUUGGCUUUCACUGGCUGCUACAAAUAGAGAACCAAAUCAUUACUGUCAUAGGUAAUUGACUACGUAUAUGUGUUUAGGUAGUUUCACACGUACCUAUUAAAUAUACAACACGUUAUGAAAAUCUGUAUUCUUGAGCUUCUUCCUAAUAUUAAGAAAACAAGGGAAUUCUUUGAGAUUGGAAAAAAAAAAUCACUUAGAGCAAGGAAUUGCCUAAGUUUGAGGCAAAUCCUAUGUAGGAGAAGUUAUUUGGGCCCAAAAGGGCAGUGGCAAUGGAUUCUAGUGCAGAAACGUUUGGUACGAGAAGUGUAGUCCUCACUGCCAUGUUCUGCCUAUGCUGCCCAUCACUCCACAGCACGGCAGAGUUGGUUUUCUGAGUCAUCGUGGUAAGAAGUGCAAGACAAACAUACCACAGAUCAGUGGUAGAGGCUGAGAGCGUAACCCUGGGUUAAUUAUCUCAGGUGUUGUAUCUGAACUGAUCCUAAACUUAGAAACAUUCAGCGUUUCCCUCUCACCAGUGUCAAGUUACGCACUAUAGUUUCCCACUGCCAGCGAUGCUUUCUCCUUCAUCGUUUUUGAAUAUUUAAUCAAACAAAGUACAUCCCACUUCCCUGUAGGAAAGAUCCCUGUGGCUGCCGGGCGGAUGCACUGCUGGACGUGGCCUGGAAGCUCCUUCACCUGGCAGCUCCUUCAAGCCCUGAGUCUUGCUCUGUAGGACAUCACAGCGCUUGUGCUGCUUUGGAGUGGCUGUUGUCUGAAGUGCCCCUGCUGUUCUUUCCCGUGCAGGCAGAUAUUUAGGCUAGAACAAGAGGUUUUUACAAACCUUUUAGUAGCCUUUUAAAUUGUGGUGUUACGUGCCAUGGUUCCUAAACCAUUGGAAGGGGCUACAUAUAGGAAGAUGGGCAGCCUGGAGAUAAGUGGGCAGUGGCUUUUAGGGAAGCGCAUUUAUUACUUUUUUAAGUAUUCAUAGCAGAUUUUUUCUCUUGAUGAGAGUAAUUCUGAAAACUGAUGGGCAGAUGAAUUUAGGCUCACGUAUCACUGCCGAUUCAAAAGUGAGGCUUUUGUAUACACUGCUUUAACGUGUUUCUUUGCUUUUACAUUAAUCUAAAUUGUAUUAUCCCCUUUCCUUAUCAAUAGCUCUAUAGAGAGAGAUGCUAUGAUGAAGUUUAUUAGGAAAUGCACUGAGUACUGGUUCUUCUAAAAUAUAAUACGGGAAGGGGGUGUGCAAAAGAAUGUAUUUUUGCUAGUAGCCUAUCUUCUGAGAGAAACUAAGCACAAGAUAUUAAAAUGGAUCCAACUAAUUCAGUAAGACAUUUAGAGGUAGUAUUUAACUGUUGAUGUAGAUUCUGUGUGAAAGCAACUAAAUAUUUCUUCUAUAAUUCACAUCUGUUACAAGCAGAAAUUGUUGCAGAGUUUGUCACUGGCUAAUGGAGUAUAAUGAAGUGCAAAAUGUACACACUAGUAUUAAUUCAUUAACACUUGUAAAUUUGUAAAGCCAAAUGUACCAAGCUGAACUCUUUAAUCAUUUUUAUAGCUGACGGCAUUAAACGUGUUAAACAUUCAUAUUAUCAAUAAAGGAUUUUAUUUU